AUGCGCUCUCGACAACCAUCCCACCUCUUCCUGUAUUGCCUGUUGGCGCUGGUAUCAGAUUCAGCUCCUCUAUCGACUCCUUCAGCACCGCAAACAUGCACGUAUGUUUAUCAGCCUAUCACCACGAGUGGUGAUCCAACAGGGAACCAAAUGACUUGCCGCAAUGCUCAAAGUCCACAAAGGUUCUUCAUCUGUGAUCAGAAAUCAUGUGAAGGCACAAGAAAAUGUACGAAUUGUGUAUCGCAGACUACCAAUGUCUCCGUGAACUCGAUUGAAUGCGCAAAAUAUUACGUAGAUGAAAACCAGAAAACAACAAAUUGCUGGACAUCGGGCGAUGAGCAGUUUACCUGCUACGAUCAGUGUACCGGGGCCGCUGUCUGCUCGAGUUGCACUCUAGACGAACAAACUCCUUCGAUUUCAAACUGUGUCAGCAACUCCUCACCAAAACAUGGAUCCAAAGCCUCACGUGCUUCUAGCGCCAGCACAAGUAACCCAGGUGGCGUAUCAACGUGGCUUUCCUGGAAUUGA